AGGGCUGCUGUAGCCGGGCGCGAUCUGCAGGAUGAUCGCGGGGUUUGGGUUUUUUUCCCCCCUUGCGCAGCGUGGCGCCUCGUGUCUUUUCUCCGUGUGCAAUGAAAGAUGGAGAGAGCUGGGACACAGGAAGGAUUAUCCGGAGGGAGGGACGACUGAACAAGGAGGAGAGAAACACCCACUACGGACCGAGCGAGAGAAAGAAGGGGUCACAUCCAAAGAGGAGGAGAAGGCACGCAGUAGCGCUCCUUUGCCUUGUUCGCGGUACCUCCUUCUUUUUGUUUUGCCGUGGAAAGGGAUCGCUUGCUUUAUGUGUGAAGAGGUCAGUGAUAAUGCUUGUAAGGAUGUUCGCUCAGGAUUAUUUGUGGGCUCCACUAGUGUUACUGGUUAUCGUUUCCCAUUUCCCGAGUAAAGCACAGGAUCAAGUUCCAGCUCCGAAGAGGCUGCGUCUCAAAGCAAUGAACUCAAACACUCUGCUUGUUGCCUGGAAGGAGCCCAAAGGAGACUUUGAUAGUUACCUGUUCCUCUACAACAGCAUACCAGGUGGUCAUCAGCGGGAGAUCAUCAUCUCAAAAAGUGACAGUAAAGUGUUGAUAACCGACUUCGACCCGUCCAAGGACUACAUCUUCAGUGUAAUUUCUGUCAGGGGUAGCACUCAGAGUAAACCACUGCAGGGCAGACAUAAAGCUGAGAGAGGCGAGGGUGAUGGAGGAGUCAAAACCCAGCCACAGCGUCUGACUGAUUCAUUCACUCUUCCUGAAGAUGUCAAUGAGAUCUCCGGAGCAGACCAGUUUGUGUGCCACACGGAGGCCAUAGCAGACAUUGUGAUCCUGGUAGAUGGUUCCUGGAGUAUUGGAAGGAAUAACUUUCGGCUGGUCCGCAUGUUCCUGGAAAAUCUUGUCGACGCAUUUGACGUGGGCAUUGAUAAGACCAGGAUAGGACUGGCUCAGUAUAGCGGUGAUCCAAGGAUGGAGUGGCACCUCAAUGCUUUCACAACUAAAGAUGCUGUACUUGAUGCUGUGAAGAACCUUCCUUACAAAGGAGGAAACACUCGCACAGGCCUUGCACUGUCCUACAUCUCGGAGAAUUGUUUUAAGCCUGAGUCUGGUGCCCGUGUCGGUGUACCUAAGAUUGGGAUCCUCAUCACUGAUGGGAAGUCUCAGGAUGAUGUUAUCCCACCUGCACAAAGCCUGAAAAAAGAUGGUGUUGAGCUGUUUGCUAUCGGUGUGAAGAACGCUGAUGAGAAUGAGCUCCGCUCCAUUGCUUCCGAGCCCGACGACUCUCAUGUAUACAAUGUAGCUGACUUUAAUGUUAUGAGCUCCAUUUCUGAAGGGCUGACCAGAACAGUGUGUCAACAAGUGGAGCAGCAAGACAAGGACAUAAAACAACAACAGCCACCCGAGAGAACUGUACCACCGUCAAACCUGCUGACAUCAGAGAUCACAGCCAGGAGCUUUCGAGUGACAUGGAGCCACUCCCCUGGAAAUGUGGAAAAAUACCGAGUGGUUUAUUAUCCUGCUCAAGGAGGUCAACCGCAGGAAGUUGUGGUAGAAGGACAAGACACCUCAGUGGCGUUGCAGCAUCUCAACUCGCAGACCGAAUACCAGCUGUCUGUGUUUGCUGUGAAUGAAAAUAAGGCUAGUGAACCACUGAGAGGAUCGGAGACAACUUUGGCUCUUCCCUUGGUGACAGGCCUCCAGCUGUUCGAUGUGACUCAUAACAGCAUAAAAGCAAGAUGGCACAGUGUGGAGGGAGCUACAGGCUACAUGUUGCUUUAUGCGCCGCUCACAGACGACGGCGACAUAGACGAGAAAGAGGUCAAGGUGUCAGAUGCAGUGACAGAGCUGAUGUUGGAUGGUCUGAUCCCACACACUGAGUAUACCGUCACUGUUUAUGCAAUGUAUGGAGAGGAGACCAGUGACCCCAUUACAAAUCAGCAAACUACGUUGUCACUGAAUCCCCCCAGUAACCUCCAAUUCUCUGACAUCACCCACAACUCGGCACGCAUCAGCUGGGACGCUUCAGGAAGAAGAGUUACGGGUUAUCGUAUCAUGUGGGUCAAAACACACGGGCAGGUCACAGAGGAGGUGGAAGUUGGGCCUGUGAGCUGGUAUGUCCUCAGUGGACUGACAUCACUGAUGGAGUACUCAGUGGCUCUAUUUGCACUGUAUGAUGGGGACCAAUCAGAGGCGCUCACUGAUAGAUUCACAACAACUCCAGUUCCGGGUCCCCUACACUUUCGUUCCAGUGACGUCAGUCCAGACAGUUUUCAGGUAAUCUGGGAUCACUCCGCCGAUGACAUCAUCGUCUACAGACUUUCCUGGGCACCAUCCACAGGUGGCGACACAAAGGAGGUGGUCCUGAGUAGAAGUGAUAGCCGAUACAUCCUGACUGAUCUGAGCCCCUCCACUGAGUAUGAAGUUAUGUUGACGGCAGUUUUCAAAGACCAAUCAGAGAGCGCCACUGUCUCUGUCACAGAGACCACAUCUCCCCGUCAAGCGAUAAGAAACCUUCAGCUGAGCGAAGCGACAACCCAGAGCCUGGAGGCAUCGUGGGAGCUGGAUGACCCUCGUGUGGAGAGCUACAGGGUGUCCUAUGACAGCCUCAGGGGUCAUGACAAAGAGGAGAUGGUGCUGGUUCCUGGUGGUCAGAAAAGAUUGUUGCUGGAAUCUUUGCUUCCUGACACUCAGUACAAAGUCAACGUCACGCCAAUGUACACUAAUGGAGAAAAUGGCAUCAGCGUGUCAACACAGGGGACCACAUUGCCUUUCUUGUCUCCUGAAAACCUCCAUGCAUCUGAGGAGUGGUACAACCGCUUAAGGGUCACCUGGGAUCCACCACUAGCUCCUGCCGUGGGUUACAAGAUCCUCUACCAGCCAGUCUAUGUAACAGGACCGGUCUUGGACACUGCUGUGGGCGAGCAUAUAAACUCGGUUCUCCUCCCGAACCUUCUGAGUGGGACAGAGUACAGCAUUCAUGUGGCCGCAUCCUAUCCUGCAGGACAAAGUGAACCAGUGCUUGUGAACGCCAAGACAUUGUUUUUGGGCAUCACCGACUUGACAGUGUCCCAGGUGCGACACAACAGCAUGUGUGUGCAAUGGCAGCCUCAUCUGCACGCCACGCUAUACAGAGUCUCCAUCCAGUCUACUCUCAACAGUCAGCGACAGGAAGUGACCCUGGGGGGCGGGGCUUCCCGACAAUGUUUCUACGACCUUGUUCCAAGCAGCCAAUAUGAGAUCAGUGUUCAUGCCCAGAUGCACGAAAUGGAAGGACCACCCGUCUCCAUCACGGACAUGACACUGCCAACACCCACUCAGGCUCCGACUGAACCACCUGCCACAGACCCCCCUCCCACAAUCCCGCCUGCUAAAGAAGUGUGCAAGGAGGCCAAAGCUGACCUGGCCUUCCUGGUGGAUGGCUCUUGGUCCAUUGGUGACGACAACUUCCUGAAGAUCACACAUUUCCUGUAUAGCACUAUUGGAUCUUUGGAUCUAAUAGGACCAGAUGGCACUCAGGUGGCCAUUGCCCAGUUCAGUGACGAUGCUCGGACAGAGGUCCAGUUGAGUUCCCAUGGCAACAAGGAAGCAUUGCUUGAAGCGAUUCAGAGGAUCAGAUACAAGGGAGGCAACACAAAGACAGGUCGAGCCAUCAAACAUGUAAAGGAGUCCAUUUUCACCUCAGAUGCUGGAGCCAGGAGGGGGGUACCCAAAGUCUUAGUUGUUCUUACUGAUGGACGUUCACAAGAUGACGUGAAUAAAGUGUCCAAGGAAAUGCAGACGGAGGGAUACAUCAUCUUUGCAAUCGGCUUUGCGGAUGCAGAUUACGGAGAACUAGUCAACAUCGCCAGUAAGCCUAGCGAUAGGCAUGUCUUCUUUGUGGACGACUUGGAUGCUGUCAAGAAAAUCGAGGAGCAGCUCAUUACUUUUGUCUGCGAGGCCGCCACUGCCACGUGUCCAUCUAUGAUGAUGAGUGGAAACACCAUGGCUGGUUUUCGAAUGAUGGAGAAGUUUGGCUUGGUGGAGAAGGAGUACAGCACUUUAGCUGGGGUUUCUCUCGAGCCAGGCUCAUUCAACAGCUACCCCUGUUACAGGUUACACCGCGAUGCCAUGGUGUCACAACCCACCAAAUACCUCCAUCCUGAAGGCUUACCCUCUGACUACACCAUCUCGAUGAUGAUCCGCUUGCUUCCCGAAACUCCACAAGAGCCCUUUGCACUGUGGGAAAUCCUCAAUAAGGACAAAGAGCCAUUGGUGGGACUCAUCUUGGACAACUCUAGGAAGACUCUGACGUACUUCUGCUAUGACUACAAAGGAGACUUUCAGACUGUCACCUUUGAAGGAACUCAAAUAAGAAAACUCUUCCAUGGCAGCUUCCACAAGCUGCACGUGACCAUCAGCAAGACGGCAGUGAAGGUUGUGUUGGACUGCGCCGCUGUUGGAGAAAAAGGUAUCAGUGCGGCCGGGAACAUUACCACGGAUGGCAUGGAGGUCCUGGGGCGCAUGGUGCGGUCUCAAGGCAGACUGGACAACUCUGCCCCGUUCCAGCUCCAGAUGUUUGACAUCAUCUGCAGUACUUCCUGGGCCAGCAGGGAUAAGUGCUGUGAAUUGCCAGCCUUGCGAGUUGAAGAGGACUGCCCCUCAAUGCCUCACUCAUGUGCCUGUUCCCAAGACAGCAAAGGACCGCCAGGACCCUCCGGACCUCCUGGUGGUCCAGGCAUAAGAGGGGCACGAGGAGACAGAGGGGAACCUGGAGUGACGGGACCUCAUGGGCCUGUGGGAGAGAAAGGCCCUGCUGGACCACCAGGGCAGUCAGGUCCUCAGGGACCCAGCGGCCUUUCUAUUCAAGGGCCUCCGGGGGCUGCUGGGGUGAAGGGAGGGCAAGGAGAGAUCGGUCCAAUUGGCCCAACGGGUGUUCCUGGAAACCAAGGCUCCCCUGGUAGAGAUGGCCCCCCAGGAUCGAGGGGUCUGCCAGGUAAUAACGGACCUCAGGGCCGACAGGGACCACCGGGGCCACUUGGAACCCCGGGUGCACCUGGAGCUCCAGGACCAAAUGGGUCAGCAGGACCCGAGGGGAAUCAAGGACUUCCUGGUCCUGGUGGCAUCAAAGGAGACAAAGGAGAAAGAGGUGACAUGCAAUCCCCAGCAGCCGUGCGCACUAUCGCACGCCAAGUAUGUGAGCAGCUCAUUCAGAGCCACUUGUCCCGCUACAACUCCAUCCUCAACCAGAUCCCAGUCCAGUCAGCCGUGUCCGUGCGCACGGUACCAGGACCGCCCGGCGAGCCCGGUAGAAGAGGCCCCCCAGGACCCCAGGGAGAACAAGGGUCCGCCGGCAGGCCUGGUUUCCCUGGUUCUAAUGGGCAGAGUGGAAGACCAGGAGACAGAGGUCCACCUGGAGAGAAGGGCGAGAGGGGGAGUCCAGGUAUUGGAAAGCAAGGACCAAGAGGACCUCCUGGACCGCCAGGUUUGCCAGGCGAGGGGCGCACAGGCAGCCAGGGCCCUCUCGGUCGCCCUGGUAACCCCGGGACACCUGGGAGGCCGGGCAGUGCUGGGACCGCCGGACCAGCUGGACCUCCAGGAUACUGUGACCACAACUCCUGUUUGGGGUAUAAUGUUGGAGUCCAACCUCUUCCUCAUGGCGGCUAUCGGCCAGACAGCAGACCUUACCGCCCUGCCCAGGAGGAGGAGGAGGAGGAAGAGGAAGAGGAAGAGGACCCGUACUAUCAGCUGCAUCAUCGCCAGCUUCACGGAGACGUGGAGCUGAGGUCGCCGGGUGUGGUCAGGAGGUUCCCCCGCAGUGUCGUCGUCAUGGAGGAGAGCGAGUGAGGAGGACUCAGGAGGAAGGACGCUUCAACCUCAAACACUCAUUCUUCAGAAACUGCCCCCCCCCACCCCCCCUGUGUACCCGUCAUGUAAAUACUGUAACACCUGUGUCAUAUUCUGUGAAAAAAAGAAAAAGUGCCUGAUUUUUUGUUGUAUUUUGUUUUCCCGAGCGAGGUGAGGACAUCGCUCCCAUCUCCACGUCUCACACUCAAACCUCCAAAGUUGCCCUCGGAUUUGUUCGACCCGCGAAAAUGUUUUACCUUUUUCAACUCGGGAGGUGAGUCUCAUCACGCGAAACCGACAACCUCUGUCUUUUUUUUUCAUGCUUGAACAGUACACACGCCUGUAGCCAGGUGGCAGCACUUCUCAAAUGACUGAAAUGUUUCACUUUGGUGGAUCAUAACGGAAAUAAAGGGAGUGCAGAAGUCUAA